GUUGCUGUUGCUGCUGCUGGUGUGGGUACUGCAACAUGGUGCAGUGGGUGGUGCGUGUGUUGUGUCUUGUUUGGCCCGUGCUCGUCGUCGAUCGAUGCUGUGAGCAGUCGCGUUGAGGACGGACGGGAGGUGGAGGUCGGGGCGCGAGUCUUAGUCAGAAACGCCCUGCUUGUUGUCUCCUGUUUGGUCGACAUGACUCAGCAUGUGUUCUCUUAUGUAAUACGUGUUUCGUAGCCCCACGCGUCUCUCCGGACUGUUAGUGUGAUGAAGUGGUACUUGGCCGCGUUCAACGCCGUGUCCGCAGUGGGGUGGGCCUACGUGCUCUUCCUCACAGCGAGUGCCCUCCUCAACGAGAGCUCCUACUCCUACUUACCCCUCCGCUUUCCCUGGUCGUUCACCCCCACAGCCGCAAAUGACGUGUCCAGAUAUCUCGUCUCCCUCGUCGCCCCGUAUGUGCCCCCAACCCACUCAGCAUCCUGGUCUGUCCUUGCACCCGUCCAGUCUCUCGCCGCUCUCGAAGUGGUCCAUGUCCUGCUCGGCCUCGUACGCUCCCCUCUCCCCACAACCGUCAUCCAGGUCUCCUCUCGCCUCAUCCUCGUAUGGGGAAUCGUAGCGCGCUUCCCCAGCACCCAUAUAAACCCGUUCUACACAACAAUGCUCCUUGCGUGGUCCUUCACCGAAGUGAUCCGUUACUCCUACUACGUCCUCUCCCUUGCAAGUGUACCGGUGCCUUACUGGCUGACCUGGCUCCGCUAUACCACCUUUUAUAUCCUCUACCCGCUCGGCGCAGGAAGCGAGGCUCUCGUCAUGCUGAGCACUAUUCCAGAAUGGAAACACGGCCGAUACGCUAACUGGUCGCAGGAGGCUUGGGCCAAGGCCGCCAUGGUACUCAUUUGGAUACCGGGUUUGUGCAUCAUGUACUUGCAUAUGAUGCAGAUGCGAAACAAGGUCCUUGGCAAAGGUAAAGGACAAAAGCUGGGCGAAAAGCCGAAGAAUAGAGCCAAGGCGGAAUGAUCACGCGACGAUGCCUUUCUUUGCUGUUCCCAUGCAAGGUGCAAACCAUGUUCGCCAAUGAUGUAUACAAACUUUAUACAUGACCUGAGAAAAUAAC